AUGGCUGCUGCUGACAUUAAUGCCUGCUGGACUGGCUCCAGUAGUGGUACCCCGCCUGGUCUGCAGGACGUGGGGUGCUCACACAUGGCUUUGAAGUUAACAGGGCUCACAUACAUCUGGUUACAAGUAGCCACCUCAGAGGUAGCUACCUUGGAGCGCCUCACCUCGUAUCUACAGACUGCAGAACAGCUGGAUCAGCUUGAUGGCACAGAUGAAAAUAUCAACCAGCAUUUACGUUUGAACCUGAUUUAUUUGUCAAUUAAAGUUAUAGUUGGUUAUGGAUCCAGCAGACUGGUAAAAAUCAAUGAAAAUGUGGCUGCAUAUCUCUGCCAUGGUGCUGCUUUACCCAGAGACCAGCUCUGUCCUCUGAAGCUUUCUACCUGGGGUGCCACACAGAUUGGCUCAGCUUCAAUGGAGAAUGGGCGCAUUCUCCAGACCCUGCACAGUCUCCUGAGUAGCAGCUAUUGGAAGUUUGAUCAAAGAUUAAGACCUGACCACUGUCACUUUGAAGUAACAUGUCUGGAGUCAGAUGCUGUUGGGGUCCCCAGUCCCAACCCCACCACAUCAGUGACCCUCAACACCACCCCCACUUCUGACCGGGCAUCAGGGCAGCUCCAGGUGUGGGAGGGCAUCAAAAAGGCUGUGCAGAGUGAGGAGGCCUCAGCAGUUGUGCCCAGCAGCCAGCCACCCUCACGGUCCUGUCUGCCUGCACCAGCCCAGGUGCCUGAGCUGCUGCUUCGAGAGGCCUUGUUCUCUAGCGAGAUUGCUCCCACACUUCUUUGGGCUUUUCUCCACUUGGCGUGGGUUGCUGCUGAGGUGCCUGAAGACAGCAGAGGGAUGGCCGGGAGUGGAGCCAGGAGCCAGGAGGGCCGUCGGCGGGAGCACGCCUUUGUCCCAGAGCCUUUUGAUGGUGCCAAUGUUGCCCCACACCUCUGGCUGCACCGUUUUGAUGUCAUUAGCGAGCUCAACAAUUGGGACCAUGUCACCAAGUUGAGGUUCCUGAAAGAGUCCCUCCGAGGAAAAGCCCUUGACAUCUACAGUGGCCUCAGUCACAAUGACCAGGAAGAUUAUGAGGUGCUGAGAGAGAACCUCCUGAAGGCCUUCGAGGGGCCCCUUGACCACGGCCACCUACCAAAGGAGAUUGUCUUUGCCUUCAGCAUGGGUAAGGGCUACUACCUCAAGGGCAAAAUCGGCGACGUGCCUGUGAAGUUCCUGGUGGACUCUGGGGCUCAGGUGUCCGUGGUGCACCCUAGUCUGUGGGAGGAGGUCACUGAUGGUGACAUGGACACCCUGAGACCCUUUAGGAAUGUCGUGAAGGUGGCCAAUGGGGCUGAGAUGAAGAUCUUGGGUGUCUGGGACACGCUGGUGUCCCUGGGCAAACUAAAGCUGAAGGCAGAGUUCCUAGUGGCCAACGCCAGCGCUGAGGAGGCCAUCAUUGGCACUGAUGUGCUCCAGGACCACCAAGCCGUCCUGGACUUCGAGCACCGCACCUGCACCCUGAAAGGAAAGAAGUUCCGCCUUCUGCCUGUCGGAGGGUCCCUGGAAGAUGAGUUUGACCUGGAGCUCAUAGAGGAGGAGCAGGCAGAUGAGGGCCAGCAGCUCUCCUAUUAA